AAAAUGGUGGAGCUGAACACGGAAGAUACCGUAGGCCUACCGUUAGUGGAUGAGAUUCUUCACAGCAUCUUCUUUUUGGGAAAGAUCAACAAGCCACCAUUUUCCCCAGAAGAUAUUCUGAGUGAUGUUGACAUCUUUAAUGCGUUGAAGGGCCGCUUCCCUCUGCCUUUCAAACUCUGAUCCUCUCAUCUACCCAGGCGGAGUCCAUUUUCAUGUGUGUUAGACAUGAUUGUCCACCUGACCAGAGAGACUCAUCAAGAGGAAAGACAAGAACAAGACAUUGAAACAGAAAUAAUAGAAAAGCUGCGCCAACUCAUCAGAGAACUAGAGCUCGGUAAAAACGAGCCUUUGGUCUCCUCCACCGUCUGUGUCUCUCACAGCACCGAGACCCCAAAUGCAGUCAGGUACUACGGCGUCUCCAUGUCCACUUCUGGUCGUAAUCCAGGAAAAAUCCUGGUUGGUGCAUCCUGUUUCAGCAGCUGGGACGGUUAUGUAGCUGGUGCCGUGAUGACCUACUAUCCAGAGCAGAGCAGCAAGUAUAUCAAGAAGAACUAUUUUGAUGGAACCAUCAAACUUCCAGAGCAGCAUGUCAGGUGUCAGGCGUUUAACCUCUUUGAGAAUAGAGACAAGCCCCCUUGUAGAUCAUGUGGCAAUUUGUUUGGGUUGAACACAGAGGAACGCCAGGAAUAUCCCUAUGGCAACUGUGCAGAAGCUGAAAGCGUGAGCAACUUGCUUAAAAAUGUGGGAGAAAUUAGAGAGCAAGCCCGACCAACAGCUGAGACGUGCACAGAGGAGAACAGGAAGAAAGCUGAAGGGAGUGUCAGGAAAGAGCUUGAAGGGUUUGUGCGCACGGAGAGAUUUAAAUGGAAAGGUCAAUUCUACACCCCACAGAUAGUUCGAGCUUAAAAAGGGGAAACAUGAAUUGGCAUUGAGUAUUGAUAAGUACAAUUCUCAUGGUCCUUUAUUAUAAAGAUGUCUUUUGAUAUGAUUCUUUAUCAGUAAAAAAUUA